CAAUGAGUAAGGGGAUUUGUUCAUUUUGAUUUUCUCUAACCACUUCAAACCGAGAAAUAAACAUCGAUUAUUCGGAAUUGUGGCCCUGCAAAUAUUAUCCUCUUUCCGUUCCAAUGGCUUAUGAUAGCAUCCCCUCACUGCCGGGCUGUCCAAUUAGCAGGCCCACUGAUAACGCGAGCUCAGGUCCACCCACCCAUACGUCGUGUCACCCACUUUACCUAGCAACGAUUGUGACCACAACUAUGGCUGGGACAUGCCAAAGGAUAAUUAUACAAUAGACAGGAUACUAUUCGAUUUUGGAUGGCCAAGGCGUAGGCUGAAUCCGCUUGAAGGAGAUGAAGAAGUUUCGGGCCAAGGCGACCUCCCUGCCCAUAUUCAACGGUCGCAUAACCGACGCCACCACGCUGACCACCAGUUCGCUGCAGUUACCCUUGGGUCAGGCUUCACAGCGGAAGCAAUCGACUUGCACCAGGGUCCUGCCCACGGUUUUUACCAUUACGGACGGCACCACCGGAGCGGCCAGUACCUCCUUGGCGGAGGCCAUGUCGAGCAGUAAGGCACAGGUGCCAUACCGACAGGAGAGCCUCCUGCAGCUCAGUGUUCCCCGGGAGGCGGCAGUGGGAGUGGCAGGACCUGAAUUGGCUAACUAUGAAAAGGUGCGAGUGGUGGGCCAGGGUUCCUUUGGCAUCGCCAUCCUGUACCGGCGCAAGUCCGACGGGCACCAGAUCGUCUUCAAGCAAAUCAACUUGAGUGAGUUGACCCCGCCUGGUCGGGAUCUGGCCAUGAACGAGGUUGAUGUCUUCUCGAAAUUACAUCAUCCGAAUAUUGUGAGCUACCUCGGAAGCUUCAUCAAGGACAACAGUCUGCUCAUCGAGAUGGAGUACGCCGAUGGAGGGACACUGGCCCACAUCAUCGCCGAGCGGCAGGGUAAAUUGCAUUUCCCUGAACGCUAUAUAAUAGCCGUAUUCGAGCAGAUAUCCAGUGCCAUUAACUACAUGCACUCGGAGAACAUCCUGCAUCGGGAUUUGAAGACCGCGAAUGUAUUCCUAAACAGGCGGGGUAUUGUGAAAAUCGGAGAUUUCGGCAUAUCCAAAAUAAUGAACACCAAGAUACAUGCCCAGACUGUUUUGGGCACACCCUACUACUUCAGUCCGGAGAUGUGUGAGGGUAAGGAGUACGACAACAAGAGUGAUAUUUGGGCACUGGGCUGCAUUCUGGGCGAGAUGUGCUGCCUGAAGAAAACGUUUGCUGCCUCCAAUCUAUCCGAACUGGUUACCAAGAUUAUGGCAGGGAACUAUACGCCCGUGCCAUCGGGUUACACCUCGGGACUUCGCAGUUUAAUGUCCAACCUGCUUCAAGUGGAGGCACCACGGCGACCUACCGCAUCAGAGGUUUUGGUUUACUGGAUUCCGCUGAUAUUCCGUAGUCUGGGAAAGAAUAAGGGGUACUCCUACGAGGAUGAUGUGGGAGGCAGCGGCGGCGACCAAUUGACUGCUCCUGAUCCAGCCGCCGCCCACAGCAAUGUGUCCAUGGAGCUGGAAUUGCCCACCGCCCAGACGGAGACCAAGCAAUUAAUGAGUGCGGAGACAGCGGCGCCGCACGAGAUCCUUGAGAAACGAUCCGUGCUAUACCAGCUGAAGGCCUUCGGCACCUGCUUCAGCAUGGCGCCCAUCCAACUGCCGCCGAAGGCUGUCAUCGUGGGCGUAGCGAUGUCAGAUUCCCACUUCGUGGUGGUCAACGAGGACGGAUCGGCAUACGCCUGGGGUGAGGGCACUUACGGCCAGCUGGGUCUCACCGCACUGGAGGCCUGGAAGCACUACCCAAGCCGUAUGGAGAGCGUGCGCAACUACCAUCUCGUGAGCGCCUGUGCCGGCGAUGGCUUUACUAUCCUGGUCACUCAGGCGGGCAGUCUGCUAAGCUGCGGGAGCAAUGCCCAUCUGGCACUGGGGCAGGACGAGCAACGCAACUACCACAGCCCCAAACUGGUCGCCCGAUUGGCGGAUGUCCGGGUGGAGCAGGUGGCUGCUGGACUCCACCACGUUCUGGCCUUGAGUCGAGAGGGAGCGGUCUACGUGUGGGGCACGAGUACAUGCGGAGCUCUUGGUCUUGGAAAUUAUCAGCAGCAACAAAAAUUCCCCCAAAAGAUUCUUCUAUCGCAUGUGAAAACCAAGCCAUCCAAGAUUUACUGCGGUCCCGAUACAUCAGCUGUGUUGUUCGCCAACGGAGAACUGCACGUCUGUGGCAGCAAUGACUACAAUAAACUUGGUUUCCAACGUCCGUCGAAGAUUACAGCCUUCAAAAAGGUCCAACUGCCCCACAAGGUGAUUCAGGCGUGCUUCUCGUCCACCCAUUCGGUGUUCCUGGUGGAGGGCGGCUAUGUCUAUACCAUGGGUCGAAAUGCGGAGGGUCAGCGGGGAAUCGGGCACUGCAACUCGGUUGAUCACCCCACCAUGGUGGAUUCCGUCAAGUCACGGUAUAUUGUGAAGGCGAACUGCAGCGACCAGUGCACCAUUGUUGCCUCGGAAGACAAUAUCAUCACCGUUUGGGGCACUCGUAAUGGUCUGCCGGGGAUUGGUUCGACCAACAGUGGACUUGGGCUGGAGAUCUGCACACCCAACACAGAAUUGGAACUGGGUAACAACACGGCAGCGUUUACAAACUUUCUGGCCUCGGUCUACAAGUCGGAACUGAUACUGGAACCAGUGGAUAUAUUGGCGCUCUUCUCCUCCAAGGAGCAGUGCGACAGAGGUUACUACGUCCAGGUGCACGAUGUUUAUCCUUUGGCUCACAGCGUUCUGGUGCUAGUGGACACGACCACGCCACUAAUAUCCUCAUACGAAGGCGAUUAUCCACAGUUAUAGGUUCAAUAAAUC